AACAUGUGGUAAAACUAUGAAGUGUGGUGGUGGUGUGACUUUUAGGAGGUUAGAUGGUUUUACCUCAGAGCCUCCCCCGGACAUUAACUCACACUGUGUGAAGUGCAUGUAGUGAGCGAGAAGACCCUUUAACACAAUUUACAAUUUACAAUUUCUACUAUAGAUCAACAACCAUCUGAAGAUCAUGGAGAGCAGCGCGCAGAGUUCCUCUUCCCCUUCAUGGACUGAUUGUUUUGCAGUAAAGCGGAUUCGCAUGUUGAUCCCUGUUGGAUCCAAGACAGAAAUAAAAGAGUUGUCUAAACUGGCCGGACCAGUGAUUAUUUCCCAGCUCAUGGUGUUUGCUGUGAAUUUUGUUAGUACUGUUUUCUGUGGCCAUCUGGGGAAGACAGAGCUGGCAGGGGUGUCUUUGGCCAUGGCGAUUAUUAAUGUUACAGGUAUAUCCGUAGGAGUUGGUUUGUCUGGAGCUUGUGAUACUCUAAUUUCUCAGACCUAUGGAAGUCGUAACCUCAGCAAAGUCGGGGUUAUUCUGCAGCGGGCAAUUCUCAUUUUGCUUCUGGCUUGUUUCCCCUGCUGGGCGAUCCUCAUUAACACAGAGCCCCUUCUGUUAGCUUUCAAACAGGAACCAGCAGUGGCCAGUGUGUCCCAGCUGUAUGUGAAGAUCUUUAUGCCAGCACUUCCUGCUUCAUUCAUGUAUACGUUACAAACAAAAUAUCUGCAAAACCAGGGUAUCAUAUGGCCACAAGUAAUCACAGGCCUUGUGGUCAAUCUUCUUAAUGUUCUCAUGAACUACAUCUUUCUUUUCCCAUUAAAACUAGGAAUAGUAGGUUCUGCUGUUGCCAGCACAAUUUCUGAAUUCGCCAUGGCUGGAGCUCUCUAUGUUUACAUCAUUUGGAAAGGUCUUCAUAAAGCCACCUGGGGAGGUUGGUCCAAAGACUGCCUGCGAGACUGGGACACUUUCAUCCACCUGGCCAUCCCCAGCAUGGCCAUGAUGUGUGUUGAGUGGUGGACCUAUGAGAUUGGAAGUUUUCUGGCAGGUCUAAUAAGUGAGGUGGAGCUCGGGGCUCAAUCAGUUGUCUAUCAACUGGCAGGUUUUGCAUACAUGUUUCCUUUAGGAUUCAGUAUAGCAGGGAAUGUAAGAGUUGGAAAUGCCUUAGGAGCCGGAGAGACGGACCAGGCCAAGCUGUCCGCUAAAAUAACACUGUUCUGUGGAGUGGCAAUCUCUCUAUGUGCGUCGAUCUUAUUUGGAACCCUGAAGAACCACAUCUCUUAUAUCUUUACAUAUGACGAACAAAUCAGGGAAAGAGUUGCUGACAUCAUAGCUUUUUAUGCUCCAUUCGUCCUCCUAGAUGCAUGCAUAUGUGCCUCUGGGGGAAUUGUAAGAGGAGCAGGUAAACAGAAAGUUGGGGCACUUUGCAACAUUAUUGGAUAUUAUGGUAUUGGUUUACCUGUUGGAGUGACUCUGAUGUUUGCAGCCAAAUUAGGAAUCAAGGGUCUGUGGACAGGCUUGUUUAUCUGCGUGUUUCUGCAGGCUUCAUUUAUGAUUUUCUACUUCACAAGAAUGAACUGGAAGAAUGCGACAACCGAGGCUCAAACUAGAGCGGGAGUGCAUGUGGGCCCAAAAGAUACAAGUCACGAACCAGAUGAUUCAGCAACGUCAUUCGGCCAAACUGACACCGUGGGUCUGGCUGGCAUGGAGGUGGAACCAGCAGUAGUGGUGAUCUCUCACAGGACUCUGGUUCUGCGUAGAGGUCUGGCUCUGGCUGCCAUGCUAUUCAUCUUGGCUGCUGGAAUCAUUAUAAACCUGCUGGCCACUAACUUUGUUAUACAAACAAAUAACUCCACUUCACAUUAGCUUUUACUGUACCACACUGUGAAACACUCCACUCUUGAUUCUAUUCCUACCAAACGGUUCAAAUCUGUCAUUGUUUUCUAAAUGAAAUUAACAGCCAUAGCUCCCUGCAGACUGGUGUUUUCAACUGCUUCUCUUACAGUAAUAGUUUAAAUAUUUUGAAGUGGGGUUGUAUGAGGCACUUCUCCAUAGUCAGUGGAGUAUUACCUCCAGUAGACAGCAGUUGGCAUGCCUCCAGUUUGGAGAAGCAGACAGCACUGGAGCAGAGCUGCGCACUGUUGUAGACAAUUUUAAACAUUACAGAAAAAACCCUACCUCACAGAAAAAUCAAUAUCUGUUAAAGUGAAUGUUAUAUUAGGAUUAUAAUACCGUUUUACCUCAUCCUACCUGCUAAUCAUGUCCUCUGAUGCAGAGGGUUGAUCUGUGUUAUUAAACCAGCAUGCAUUUAUUGUGAAUUUUACUGUGUAUUGUGUUUUGUAAUAAUAUGACUUCUUUCUUGUAUUGUUAUGUUAAAUGGCAGGGGACACAAAUAGCACAAACACAAGCCAGAGACCAGAAUCAGUUUAUCGAACCAGAAGAUAUAGUGCAGUUGGGGGUUUCCUGAACAGUGCAGGGCUGGUGGUGGCAAAAACCUCAGAAGACAAGUGCAGAGAUGAUGGAGGUGGAUGUGGCAGGUUUCAUGGAGCACAGGGGGAUAAAGGUUAGUCAGAGAUCAGAAUUACCAAGUGUUACUCUUCUCUGAUAGAGUCUGGGAGGUUGAACCUGUCUUUUGUACUUGGAUGACAAAGAGCAGGUGGUGAGGCGAUCAGGCAGUGGAGAGAGAAAAGGCCACAUCCAGCCCAACACACAUAACAGAGACAGAGAGACAAGGAAAAGGGCAAAAUAAAAGAAACACAGGGAAGGAAGGAGGCAAAAACCUUCAUCCUGACAUGUAUACUGUAUAUUUACCCUGCAAAGCA